CACAGAUUCAUCAUAUCACUAGAAAUCAUCAGGGCCAUCAUGGUUUUAUUCAAGAACUUCUAUACUCCACGCGACACUCGCGAGCGGGUCUUCGCCGAUAUCCAGAGCGUCCUAGAUACUAUCCUUGACAUCUCCACUGCCAACGUGGACUUACUGACCCAAGAGGAGCGAUUGUCUUUCAUGGAUGAAUACGCCAGUCUUCAAGAUGCUUAUGAUCAGUUGGACAAGGACAAGGGCACAUCUUUUAAUAGCACCUUGCCCGGGCUACUCGACGAGUGCGAGAAGUUGAAGUUGAGGAUAAAGAGGGCGUGCAGGAAACGCCGAGAAGAUAACAUAAGAAGAGCAGCUAUAGCUACCCCUGAAUCUUUCAAGUCAUCCAUUGCGCUGAUUGAUCCCGACCCAUCUCUCAGGGCCCCAUCCGAAAUUUCCAUUUCAGCUCAGUGCAAUCCCAAUCUCGCCACGACAGGCGGAAACGACUCGUACCUGAGCGCUCCAAGCCUUUUAACAAGUAGAAGGAGUUCUGUAGUCUCUGCCAGUAUUCCCGUAGCCCAAAAAACAACCUCGAACACCUCCGCAGCACCCACGGAGAGAAGUCCACUUGCAUCGCCUGGCGACAAAGACUGCAUGAUAUUCGAUCAACAAUCGUUUAUUGGGUCACCUACAUUUAACAUUGACUCCGAGGGGGCAACCGGAGCAACAUUUAUAUCCUGUUGUGACGAUCCAUCUCUCGGGAUCUCAGCACGGCGCGAGGGUGUCAUGUAUUUUGGCCCUGGCGCGGCAGCGUCCAACCCGACCUUCAACGUCCGGUCUCCGGGUUCUUCUGGCGUCCACCAUGUUGUUUCUUACCGCCAGAACCGUUGACUGAAUGAUUCAGUUGAACGAGUUACUUAUAAUACCCACAAGCCUUGCACCUGGGGAUGUGAGCGUAGAGUAUUAUACAAAUUUGUAAAUAGCUGUGCAUCAUGGUAGCGACCUGUAGGUCUGUAUUACAUAAAUAUUACAUAUGCGACAUCGAAUGCG